AUGUUUAACGAGGCUACAACCGUAUCCCGUGCGACCUCUCUUUCGCGUGCCAGCAAGCACGGCUCAACGGCCUCAUCGCGCAACCAAUCUCUCAUCAAGAAAAACGUUGCUCCACAGGAUCUCCGCCCAUCUGAUAUUCUUAUCGAGCGAUUUGUCUCCUGGAAAGCUAUUGUGAAGCAACUCAUCAGUUACUUUGAAGGCGUCGCCGACAUCGAGAACAACAUCGCCAAGGAAUACACAAAGCUUGGCGCAGUAAUUCAAGUACCUUUCCGCUCAGGAAAUCAAUUUCUAGGUGAAGGAGGCCUGCAGGACGUAUAUUACGGCAUUCGCGACAAAACACGCACCAUUGCCGACCAACAUGCAAACCUGGGUCGGACCGUCGAUAGCUCCAUCGUGCAACAUCUACAAAAACUGCACGCGGAAAUCAAAGCGCACAUAAAGUUUGGCCAGAAUGUUCAAAACGACACUGGUAAAUUGGCCACCAGUGUUGCCAAAGAACGCGAGCUAUCCGGAAGAAUGAUCGGUGAACUGGCAACGAGUGUCAGCAUUUUCAAGAAUACCCCAAUGGGCGUGACUAAUAAAACUGAUCCUUAUGUUGCCAACAUAGCAGUCAUGAGACAAUUGCAAAAACAGGUUCAUGAAGAAAAUGCUCUUCAGAAAUCCAUCAUAAUAAUGCAACAGAAUUCUGCCCACUUCGAGGAAGGAAUUGUACGCGCCAUUCAGUCUGCUUGGCAAACUUAUGAUGAGUGGCGAUCUCGAAUGACUAAUUCGGUGCAAGAUACGUGGCAUACUAUGGGUCGAAACAUGGUCUCACUUGCGCCCGACCGGGAGUGGAUAUCAUUUUCAGCCAGGUCUGACCAUCUUCUUGAUCCCGAGACCCCUCUGCGUAAUCCAGAAACCAUUCAGUACCCCUCGAAAGAAGACACCUCGGUCAUAGCCGUGCAUAACGGACAUCUUGAACGCAAGAAGAGGUUUACGAGGACCUAUCGCGAGGCUUACUAUGUCCUCACUCCUGCAGGAUUCUUGCACGAGUUUGCGACGUCUGACCCAUCUCAGUCAGGCAGUCAAACUCCAGUAUUUUCAUUAUUCCUUCCGGCGUGCACGCUUGGCCCUCCGUCAACGCCGUCUUCGAAGUCUCACAAGUUCCAUAUCGAAGGUCGCAAAGACGGUACGGGUACCACUAAACAUGGCUCUUUCAAAUUGCCUAUGACGGGUGGCCAACACGCUUGGUCAUUCCGUUCUCGUAGUCAUGAGGAUAUGAUGGAGUGGUGGAAUGAUGUCAGAAUGUUAUGUGCCCGUUAUCUUGUCGCCAGCGAGCAAAUGGACCGCGGGGGUCCAGUUGAGGCAGCAGUCCGUUCCGCCGGAUAUAUCAGUGACGAAGAGGAGGAGGAGGAUGGAUCUAGCGUUGAGCAGGACCAGGAAGAUGAAGAUGAGGAUGAUCAGUAUGAAGAUGCUGACGCUGACGCUGUUGUUGAUGAUGACGAGGAGGAUCAUAAGACUCCGCCUUCUUACUCCAACCCCGCCAAGAACUCUUUCAAUGGUACACAUCAGGAUGGCUACGCGGUAAGUAUCUUGAUUUUGGUCGAAGUGUCCGCUAAUGAUCUUCCUGCUCAGCCAGACAAACAAGCGUCGUCGAUGAGCCACGACGACAGCAUGGCUUCGUCACGCCCAAGCAGGCGUCAGCAGGAAAAGGCACCCGAAGGACGACCUCCACAUGACCGACAAUCAUCUAAUACUGUGGGUCAAGCUCCUAGUGAGCACGACGAACGUGGCUCUAUGCCUAAGAACGGCGAAGCUGGUCCCGCACCAGUGGAAAGCAAAUUUAAUGAAGACACGGAGUGA